AUGGAGGAGAGAAAUCGGACGAGGGAAGAAAAACUUGCGAUCAAUUUGUACAAGAGCGGCCAGCCUUUGCCCCCAACGCCUCCCGUGAUCCGGGUUGCGGCCAAUCAGGAGCGAGAUGAUUCAGCACAACGGGCGCUUCCGGGACAAGAUGCCGGCUUGAGAGUCAAUGUUCUUUCGAGUCCCUACACUACUUUACUAUAG